CUAGAAAAGUUUAGUCACAUUACAACCUGGCUUCCCAGCCGAAAAUCGAAACAUUCUACCGGAAUUCCUUAUAUCGAAUUAAUUUACUAAUUUCCCCGAAGUAGCUCUGGCAAAGGAAAGAGGGUACCAUGAGAAACUUCUUUGAGAUGUUUUCAAUUUUGACCUCCUUUUGGGAUAAGCUAAACUAUUGUUUUAGCCACAUUAUGGAACUAGCAGAACAGUCAAGCUUAUUAACAUGGGUCAUAAGCUGUAUAAUGGCCGCCGCCUUUAUUAUGCACUUGCAGUCGGGCACCAUAAUCUUCCAGGAUGUAAUGCAGACAAUUGCGAAUACAAGGAGUCGCUCCAAGUCUGCUCACCAACCAUCGCCGAUUCACAUUUUGGGCACCAAGGUGAGCAGACGCCAGUUGCGGUUGCCAUUAAGAUGGAGCCACUAUGAAGUCCUUCCAUCAGCUGCUGUACUGAAAAAUAACGGGAGCACGGUCAUCCUGAAGUUAUAUACGCCAUCAGACAGUAGACCCGAAAUAUGUGGAGGAGAAUUGGGAGGAAGCUACCAUUUCGUGGAGGCCAGCUUCAAGUGGGGUAUACAUCGGUCCGAGCACUCCAUUGAUUCCCAUACAUUUUCGCUGGAAAUGCAGGCUCUACAUCGCUGUCCUCAAAAAAGAGGACUUUUUGAAUACCUGACAAUAUCGUUUCUGUUUAUGGUAACGCCUUUCAAAAACGGUCCCUUGCAAAACAUCUCCGAUCAUCUGCGUUGGAUUACGCGCCCAGAAUCAACUAUUGAGCUGCCGCCCUUUGACCUGCAUCUGCUAAUGCAACCAUUUUCUGGCGGAUACUACACCUACCAGGGCACCUAUGACAACGGCGAUAUUCUGCUGCCCACCAUUUGGGUAAUUGGCUCCCAUAUCUUCGGGGUCAGUUCCCACCAGUUGGCUCAGUUCAGAUCCCUCUGUCGCAACGACUGCAGCAGGAUAAACACCAAUGCCCGCAAAAUGCAGCCCCAGGGCAACCGUUGUGUUCAGUAUCAUCCUUAAAAGGUGCCAUUCCAGGAAAAGACUAUGUUAAAAUGGUUUCUGUAACUUCAUAGACAAAUUUGCCCGUUUAAUUCUUUGGAAAUUAUUAAUUGAAAGUUUUAUCUUUGCUUUAUCUUUUAAGUUGAACGAUUCCAGUAAACGUUCUCAAAUAAAACUUUUAUUAAAAGUUGAAUUCAAUGCA